UUGCAGCUUUGUGUUAUCACGCGCGUUUACUAACUGUAAGGCUUGCUUAGUUAGAGUACUGAUCUCAUCGAUAAAAGCAUGAAAAGGAAGGAAACUCUGAUGGAUUAAAAACUCCAUGACAAUUAAUGACGUCAUAAAAAUGCCUUGCACUUAUUUGUAGCUGGAAAAACAUUACUCUUGAGAAGUCACGUGCUUUUCUGUUGCCAUCUUGUGAUCUCUGUAAAUUGCUCAGUUGUGUUGUGUUCCUCUUCAGACUAAACAUGGCAUCUCUGCUGUUCUUUGGGUCACUGCUUUUACUCUCAGGAGCAGCUCAAGGGUCCAAUAACUCCAUCCCUCUGGUCAUUUGGCAUGGAAUGGGAGAUAACUGCUGCAACCCUCUGAGCAUGGGCGCUAUAAAGAAAAUGGUGGAAGAGGAACUGCCUGGUAUAUACGUGCUGUCUCUCAUGAUUGGAAAGACUAUAGCAGAGGACACAGAAAGUGGAUUUUUCGUGGAUGUUAAUGAGCAAGUGGCGUUUGUGUGUGAUAAAAUAGCACAGGACCCUAAACUGAAGGGAGGAUAUAAUGCAAUGGGCUUCUCUCAGGGCGCGCAGUUUCUACGUGCUGUGGCACAGAGAUGUCCUUACCCUCCAAUGAAGACUCUCAUCUCAGUUGGUGGACAGCAUCAAGGAGUUUAUGGUUUGCCUCGAUGCCCUGGUGAGAGUUCCCAUAUUUGCGACUGGAUCCGGAGGGCACUGAACUCUGGGGCCUACACAGAUGCAGUGCAGAAACACUUGGUGCAGGCGCAGUACUGGCACGAUCCACUCAACGAUGACUUGUACAAACAGCGUAGCCUGUUUCUUGCUGAUAUAAAUCAAGAGCGGGUGGUGAAUGAGACCUACAAGAAGAACCUCAUGACUUUGGAGAAGUUUGUGAUGGUUAAGUUUCUACAAGACACCAUUGUGGACCCUGUGGUAUCAGAGUGGUUUGGCUUCUUCAAAACUGGUCAGGCUGAGGAGACUGAGACUUUGCAGGAAAGUACCUUAUAUAAAGAGGAUCGCCUGGGACUGGCAGAGAUGGAUAAAGCUGGAAAACUGGUGUUUCUUACCAGUGAUGGAGAUCAUUUACAGUUUAGUCGAGAGUGGUUCAAUGCCAAAUUAAUCCCCUAUUUGCGGUAAUCCCCCAGCUGUCUGUGUUAAUACCACAUCAGUAAUGACAGAACUGACGCUCACAUACCCUAAUGCUGGACUACUUAUGUCUAUCAAUCUAAUGACACGUUAUGUACUAACUAUAAAUCAGCUCAAUUUUAUUGCACUGACGUUUUGCUUCAUAAAGUGGACCACAGUUAAAUCAGAUUCACCUGACCCUCAACCCGAAUUCAUAAUGCUUAAAAAUAUCAAAAUCUAGGUCUAGGUCUUAAAUUUGAGUUAAAACCUAUAAACAGUAGAAUAUUCUGUACCGUGUGUUCAUGUGAUUGUAAAAAUUCAUGGAAAAACAUUUGAACGUCCCAGCAAGAGUAGGUGAGCUUGAUGUAACUAAACUCAAUUUUGGCCAAUCCCAACAUAACUCCAAGGUUUCUAAUCUUACUCUAACAAGAAAGCCUUUUAACCUGUUAACUUUACAAGGAAGGAAACAGCCUGAAAUUGUAUGACUUCAAUUUUAACAACUAAGUGACAGUGCUGAAUUUUCUGCUUGAAUUUCUUAAAUUGUUAGUUUUAUUUUUAGGUGAUGUUUUAAGACCCAAGUUUCAGAGAGUUGAAUUCAGAUUGGGUACAUUUAAUUAUUUUAUAUUUUCGGUGAAAAUGUUCAGUAAAUUCAAAUUAUUCAUCUCUGUUUCUUUCAGACUUCAUUAAAUGGGGUUCAGGUUCUGGUGUAUCUGAUUUAUAGAACAGACUGAUUUUGCAUAGCAAUCAGAUUCUAGUGUGAAUGUGUAUUUUAUGUCAAGCCAACUAAUAAAAAGUCUAAUUUUA